GUUUUGUAAAUAAUUAUGUAUAUAAAGCAUUUACAAUUAAAAUUGGUUUUCUUUAACUUUUAUUUUACGUAUGAUUCUAAAGGCAAUAUGAUUUGUGUUAUAUGCAAUAGUCUUAUUAAAUCUGUGGCUAUUUGGAAAGUUCAUGUAAAUUCGAAGCUACAUAAAACAAAUCUUGAAGAAGCAAAGAAAAUUAUGUGUGCAAAAGUUUUGGAUAAACCUUUAGAGAAGAAAAGUUGUCGGAAGAAAGAAUCAAAUACACCUUUACAUUUAAACAAAUUAAUCGAAGAAACUUCUACUACCAAUAAGAAAGAAAUUCUCAGUAGCAAAUUGAGUACUACCGUUUUGAUAGAGUCUUCAGAUUUAUUGCCAGAAUUGUUUUUUGACGACCCAAUUGUUGAUGCAAAAAUUCGAAAUGUAGAAUAUAAAAAUGGUCAAGAUGAUGAAUGGGAAAAAUUUCAGCGUGAAAUUAAAGAAGAAUCAAUGACAUCUAAUAAACUAAUAUCUGGAGAACAGAUAAAUGCAGCUGUUGAAAGAGAAAUAACUGAAAUCAGCGAACAAAUGUAUCAGUGGUCCAAAGUUAUAGAUUUGGAAAAUAAAUUGAAUAAAAUUAACAAGAGAGAAAUGCGAAAGGAUGAGCUAGAAGAUACUGAUGAAGAUUCAUCAGAGAAUGAAUUAAUUAACGAAAGUCUUGACUGGAGAACCAAAAAAAUUUGGUAACAUACAUUUGAAUGUGAAUGUUUUUAGCAAACUUCAACAUCAUAAAUUCAUAUUGUAAUAUUUAACACAAUCGGCCUAAUCAUAAGCCGAGUAAAAUAAUAUAUAAAAUUCCAAAAUUUAAAAAAAGUUGUGGCUUUUUUCCAGACAGAUUGGUAUUAAAAGUCAGUGUGCAGUUGUCCAAAAUUUCGAUAUAGCCAGAAAAAAUUUUUUUAUAUAUAUUACAAAAUAUUAUUUUGGUAAUAUGUUGAGAAGUGUUCACUGUACAUAACGCACGGUGUACAGUGGUAUAGAAAAAAAUGGGAAAAUAAUUCUGAAACUUCUAAACUGUUUGAAAUAUUUGAAUGAAUGUGAAGAAAGGAGGUAUUUUCGAGUUUAAGUUCUGAACUUGGACCUCAUGGGUCUACUGGGGAAUCGGCCAGAGGUUAACAAAGUAAGACACCUGGAGUAUGUACACUUUUUUAAACGAUCCUGUUUCUUCGGUUUCUUGUAGUCCGGUUUCAAUAAACUUAUUGUAUAUAAAAAUGCUCGUCGUGACUAUAAUUUAUCUGUUAAAGUUUAGAAGAUAUUCACAUUUGAAAAAAAAAUUCAAACAUUUUUACCCACCCUUGUCCAGUUUUUUGCUAAAUGUGCUUUCAAAUAUUUACCCAUUUUUUGUGUUCACUUAACAACAUGUUUUUUAAAUGAAAAAAAAAAUACCAAAAUUGUUAACAAAAGUAAUAAAACCACAUUUUAUUUCAAUAAAUUAUUAACAUUUUUUGAAAAACAUA